AUGAAGUCUAAGAAGAGUGGAGAUCACUUCACGGAUCUCAGAAAAGUUUUCGAGCGCAUGCAGCUACACAAGCUCAAGAUGAAUCCCGCCAAGUGCCUUUUUGGAGUUCAGGCAGGAGAUUUCCUGGGAUUCAUUGUCCAUCAAAGAGGCAUUGAGGUCCCUGAGGAUAAAGCAAACGCGGUCAUCAAUGCAUCUCCCCCGCGAACGAAGAAAGAGUUACAGCAACUACUAGGUAGGAUCAACUUUUUGCGACGAUUCAUUUCUAACUCUUCAGGCAAAAUCCAUUCGUUUUCCCCACUGUUGAAGUUGCAAGGACAGAAUGAGUUUGUGUGGGAACCUAAACAUCAAGAGGCUUUCGACAAAAUCAAGGCCUAUCUGGCUAGCCCGCCAGUGCUUGUUCCUCCUAGAGCGGGGUUUCCAUUAAAGUUGUAUGUUUCAGCAGCUGAAGCUUCCAUUGGCAGCCUCCUCGCUCAGGAUGAUGCGAAUGGUGUUGAACAUGCCAUCUUUUACCUCAGCCGUAUUGGCAAGUGGGUGCUCGCCUUAUCAGAAUUCUCGCUACAGUAUGUGCCACAGAAAGCAGUAAAGGGGCAAGCUAUAGCAGACUUUCUAGCACAUCACCCUAUGCUAGAUGUCCCUGCGGUUAGAGAUUUAGAGGUUGCUGCCACAACUUUAGAUCUCCCGGAUUUAGCGUGCUUGCCAGAGUACGCCGCGCUUUAUCAAGCCACAGUCUCACUCCAGCCUUGGGUGUUAUAUUUUGACGGAUCAAGAAUAGAUACGCUAGCAGGAGCAGGGGUUGUCUUAGAAAACCCAACCGGCGAUCGAUUUUCCUACUCUUUCCAGUUGGAGUUCCAGUGUACCAAUAACCAAGCAGAGUAUGAGGCCCUCAUUAUAGGCCUAGAAGUACUACUGGAAAUGGGAAUCGGAGAUGUACAAAUACUUGGCGAUUCUCUCUUGGUUAUCAAUCAGUUGUGCAACGAGUUCAGAUGCAAUGGCUUAACGCUAGUUCCUUAUUGGAACAGGGCAUUAGACCUGUUGGACCAGUUUGAUAACAUACAUCUUGAGCACAUUCCUCGCGAGCGAAAUUUUGCAGCGAACGAGUUGGCCCAGCUGGCAACAGGGGUAACAUUGAGAUAUGGCGUGCGGGAGAGAAUCCUUAAAGUCGAGCGUCGCACGCUUCCUUCAUGGAUGGCGAGAAGAGAUCCUCCAGAUGAUACCUCAGUCACGACCCUGGAACCCAUUGACGUAGAUUGGCGCAUCCCUUUGAUCGCUUAUCUCAAGCAGCCAGAUCCCACUGCCGACAGGAAGAUUCGUUUUCUUGCACUAAAUUACUUUCUUAGAGGUGACGAGCUGCGACGACGUGGCGAAGAUGGCAUAGACUUCAGAUGUAUUUAUGGCUGCGAAGCAAAACAACUCAUGCGCGAAGUUCAUUCCGGCAUUUGCGGUGCUCACCAAGCAGGUCCAAAGAUGCGAUGGUUGCUCAGACGACAUAGAUAUUUUUGGCCCAGUAUCUUGAAGGAUUGCAUAGCAUUCGCUAAAGGUUGUUUGGACUGCCAAGCUCAUGGGGCGGUCCAGCAUUUCAUAAUUGUCGCGACCGAUUUCUUUACAAAAUGGGUCGAAGCAGAACCUUUGAAAGAAGCAUCUGGUGGUACGUUGCGACAAUUCCUAUUUAGGAACAUCAUAUGCAGAUUUGGUAUCCCAGAAGUUUUUGUUUCGGACCGGGGGGCAGCUUUCAUGGGUGGUGAAGUUGAUAAACUGGCAAAGGAAUGGGGAAUACAGUUCGUCCAUUCCAGUCCUUAUUAUGCUCAGUCUAACGGUCAAGCGGAGGCCAGCAACAAAAUCAUCAUCACUUUGCUGAAGAAAAUGUUGGAAGCUAAUCUGCGACAAUGGCAUGAGACCCUUUAUGAGACUCUUUGGGCCUACCGCACAUCGAAGCGAAAUCCCACCGCGACUACACCUUAUGCUUUGAUGUUUGGCCAUGACGCAGUCCUGCCUUUGGAAGUCAACGUCCAAUCAUUAGGAGUCCAAGAGCAACAUCAUCUCAUUGGAGAAGACUACGUUCAGGCUAUGUGGCAGGAACAUGAAGACCUUAGCGAAAAGCGCUUGGAGGCUUUAGAUAGUUUGGUCAUGGAAAAGUAA